AUGUCAGGCUAUUGGACAGGUUCAUUCGUUCAGGUGAUCAAAGCGUAUCGCAUUCUGUCGACGGACACUCCGACGUUGGUCGUGGAGGUGGCCUCCGAUCCGCCAGCAAUAUUUGAAUGGUUCUGCAAUGACAAAUCGGUGCAACAGGAUCGUCGACGCUUCCAAGCCCGUCAUGGACUGAACAUAACCACGUUAACUGUACACGAACCUGAGCAGGGCGUCUACAAGUGUACGGCACGAAAUCCGGCUGGAACCAGUACCAGUUAUGGAUAUAUAACUGUCAAUUGUGAGUUGACCUGUUUUCUCAAAGGGUUACAGACUAUGGAGUAA